UGCUAUCAGAGAUUAGGAAGGAGGUGAUUGCGCGGCGAGCCGCACGACCUUGAGUUCACGUAUUCGACCAUCUCCCAACGAGGAAGGACGAAGAACUCGGAAAAAGAAGAGGCAAGAGAUGGACACAAUUUGCCCGUAUGAUGAUCGUCCCGACGGUGCCGACGGUCCUAACGAUGACACAGUAGUGCUCGACUUUCGCACGGCCUUUGAAGGAAGUCUGUUUGAGAAAUGGCAUGUCCUACCUCUUCAAAUGGCUUGCCUAGACACCUCCGCGAGUGUUGGCGAUGCCGUACUCCUCCACGAUUUCGUGUCUGAACCGGGAAGAAUCCGUCUUAUGAGGGAGAACAUCGAUGCCUUUGCCAAUGGGUUCGCUAAGCACUGCAAAACAAACCAGCGUUUGGACUACCAAGUGCUCAGUAAUCUGGCCAGGAAAUUUGCAGCUGAGUUCUUGCAAAUCGAUUGUAGCGACGAUCCUCGGGAUCAUAACGAUUGCGAAUGUGGGCAUAUAAUCAACGGAAGUGCGGAGGAUGAUGGCAGCAGUGAUGGUGCAGAGAAUCUUCACGACUUAGUGCUCGAUGACUUGAUUUCGGUGGACGAUCUUCCAGCAGAAGGACAUCUGCAUGUUGACGUUAAGAAGGCUUUCGCUACGUCCUUCCUAAGGUACUGCUUUUCGGUCUCGUCACCUCAGCUUAAGCUAUGUUUCUCUCGGUGGGGCAAGAACGUGAACGGGGAGAGUGACCAGAUUCUCGCCCGGCGAUUGUUCGACUACUGCGAGAAGGAGUGCAGAGAUAGUUUAGGAAAGAGUUGCUUCCACAAUAUGGUGCUCGAGGAAGGCUCUCUGGGUUUUCUUGUGGACUUCGAUCUUGCGGGGUCCGACGGCCGAACGUACCCCCUGCGUAUGCUGAUGCUGGAUGGGUACUGGACGUCCGAGUUAAGUGGCGUCGGAUCGUUUGCGCAUGUCAGAGAGCGAGACACGGGCGUGGUAAUCGCCAAAGCAAAUGGUGGGAACGCCGACGACUCGACGAUAAUCAGAGUCGUCGCGGAGGAGCUCGUUCAGAAGCGAUACAAGCCGCAUGGGAACAUACCCACCCUGGUGAUGAGAUGGUGGGGGACCCUUCCGAUCUACUUCGGGAACAUCGAUCUCUUCACUGACUGGGACGUUACGCCGAAGUCCCGCCGAAUGCUCACACCUGAAGAGCUGGAAUCCGUCCGAAGUCUCCACGAGAUGUCCUUCAACCCUGGGUAUCUUGUGUAUGCCAGCCAGUCGGAGGUGGAGCGGUUGAUCCCAGUGGCUGCUUCGCUGACAAGACUUGUGUUCGGGACCGCUUGUCCUAUGUUCAAUUCCGAGAUGGUUUUUCGGGCAACACACCGCUCUUCUUUCAAUUACAAGGUCAUCAAGUACGGCCUUCGUUUGUCGACGCUUGGCGACGUCAAGAGAUACCGAUGCCAUCAUUUUGCCCGCCUAUUCAAGGGGUCCAUGUGGGAGCAACUGCCUGAAGAGCUGGUGCAGCGGAUUGUCGGCUUUCUUCCUCCACGACAUAUGUGUCGACCCCCUGCAUCCUUUCCCACCAUUUUAUAGUAGAACAGAAGAAUUGUGGAGGGGAGAGGGGCGAGGGGGGGGAAACAGGAGAGGGGGGAUCCAAGGGUAAAUUGCACAGGGGGGAAAGUAUUAUAUUCAGUGUCUUUGCAACUUCGCACACAAACGAACAAUUUUGGACUGAAUGUGGAUAAAAUAUACGGCCAGGUGCAUCCUCUCUUCGAAGUCUGGGGCGAUCAUGCCAUCAACGUGUCUGCAAUUCACAGAAUCAAAUUCGAUCAACAGCUACAAGUUUUGCUUGACGCGCGUUUGCUGUUUAACUUCACUACCGUCUUCGCCCGAAUAAAAGGCUCGGUAAUUC